AUGGGAAAACGUCCAGCUGAAGGUAAACGCGAGAGUCGCAAUGUAAAAUCUUUCAAACCUAAUAAUGAUGAUGAGGAUGAUGAUUAUAUCGAGGAUUUGAAUGUUAUAAAAGAUCAAGAUGUAGUUCCAAAAGCUGCCUCACAUCCCAUAAAUAAUUCUACUGGUGACGAUGAUGAUGAUUCAAUAAAAACAACAGCGGGUACAAUAUCAAGUAAAAAGUUUAAAGAUUUUCGUGAAGAAAUGGAAUUAAAAGAUGAUCAUGAAAAUCGUCCCUUAUGGGUAACACCCGAUGGUCAUAUAUUUUUGGAAUCAUUUUCAAGUGUUUAUAAACAUGCUCACGAUUUUCUUAUCGCUAUUGCUGAACCUGUUUGUCGCCCAGAAUAUAUUCACGAAUACAAAUUAUCAGCCUAUUCAUUAUAUGCAGCGGUAUCCGUUGGAUUACAAACACAAGAUAUAAUCGAAUAUUUACAACGAUUGAGUAAAACAACGAUACCAAAUGAAAUUAUUGAAUUUAUUAAAUUAUGUACACCAAGUUAUGCGAAAGUAAAACUUGUUUUGAAGCACAAUCGUUAUUUUGUCGAAAGUACAUUUCCUGACGUUUUGAAAGACCCAGAAAUUCAAAAUUGUCGUCUUACGUCGAACAGUGAUGAUUUAGACAUAAAUUUAACUGAUAUAGAGAAAACACGCACCAUUAUUCCCGGAACAUCAGCACCCGCCGUAACAACGAAUGAUCAAUCAUCAGCCCCAAAUGAACAAAUACCAGAUGACAUAUUACGUUAUUAUGAAAAAAUUGAUCGUGAUGAUGAAGAUUUAGAAGAUCGUAAAACAGUGUCAUUUGAAUUGAUACAAGAAAAAAUUGAAACAUUAAGAAAACGAUGUCAAGAAUUAGAACAUCCACUAUUAGAAGAAUAUGAUUUUCGUCAUGAUACAAAUUUGAAAAAUUUAAACAUUGAAUUGAGGCCUAAUGCUGUAUUGAGACCAUAUCAAGAGAAAAGUUUAAGAAAAAUGUUUGGUAAUGGACGUGCUCGAUCAGGAAUAAUUGUGUUACCUUGUGGUGCGGGAAAAUCUCUUGUUGGAGUAACAGCUGCAUGUACAAUUAAUAAAAGUUGUCUGGUAUUAUGCAAUUCAAAUGUAUCUGUGCAACAAUGGAAACAGCAAUUUAACAUGUGGUCCACAGCUGAUGAUUCCAAAGUAAAAUUGUUUACAUCCGAGGAUAAAGAUAAGCCAAAUGAUUGUUGCGUAUGUGUUAGUACAUAUUCGAUGAUCGCUCAUACACAAAGACGCAAUGCUGAAACAGCUGAAGUUAUGAAACAACUGAGAGGUCGUGAAUGGGGUUUAAUGUUGUUGGAUGAAGUACAUACAAUUCCAGCAAAAAUGUUUCGAACUGUUUUAACAAUUGUACGUGCCCAUUGUAAACUUGGCUUAACGGCAACAUUAGUUCGUGAGGAUGAUAAAAUAACAGAUUUAAAUUUUUUAAUUGGACCUAAACUUUAUGAAGCGAAUUGGAUGGAAUUACAAAAUCUUGGACAUAUAGCCAAAAUACAAUGUGCCGAAGUUUGGUGUCAAAUGACGCCAGAAUUUUUUCAAGAAUAUGUAACAGUUCGAAUGAAUAACAGACGUGUUUUACUUUGUGCUAUGAAUCCAAAUAAAUUUCGUGCUUGUCAAUUUCUAAUACGUUAUCACGAACGAAGAAAUGACAAAAUAAUUGUUUUUUCCGAUAGUAUGUUUGUAUUGGAAACAUAUGCAAAAGAAUUAGACAAGCCAUAUAUUUAUGGAAAAACAUCUCAAUCGGAACGUGUACAAAUAUUACAAAAUUUUCAACAUAAUCCACGUAUAAAUACCAUUUUUGUUUCAAAAGUUGCAGAUACAUCAUUUGAUUUGCCUGAUGCUAAUGUUCUUAUCCAAAUUUCCAGUCAUGGUGGUUCAAGACGUCAAGAAGCUCAGCGACUUGGACGAAUUUUACGAGCAAAAAAAGGCGCAAUUGUUGAAGAAUUCAAUGCAUUUUUUUACACACUUGUUUCACAAGAUACGGUUGAAAUGUAUUAUUCGGCUAAACGUCAAAGUUUUUUAAUUAAUCAAGGUUAUAGUUAUAAAGUGAUAACACGUUUAGCAACAGAUGAAGAUCAUUUACAUUUUUCGACAAAAGAAGAACAACAACAAUUACUUAAAAAACUUUUAGCCGUAAAUGAUAUUGAUGAAAAAGAGGAUGAUACCCUUCCACCAAUAACAUCAACCACAAAAUCAUCUUUGGCUUCUGUUGAACGACGAUCGGGUACAAUGAGUUCGAUAUCGGGAGCUGAUGAAACAACAUAUAUGGAACUGAGAACACAACCAAAGAAAUCAGCAGUAAUAUCAACAGAACCGAAAUAUGACCUGUCUAAAAAAAAUCGUCCUUAA